AUGUUUGGAUGCCCUCCUGAUCAAUCAUCCACAUCGUUGCCCUUUAAUGAUAUAUUGGUGAGCAACUCAUCAACAUUCAAUCUCACUGGUAUAUGCUCAUUCGAGUGCAAUUUGAAUGUAUCAUCUGGUUCCAAGCUGAUCUUUGAUGGCCAGAUAUUCAUAUACUCUCAAGCCAUAUUCAAUGUGGACUCGGACUGCACGGUCGAGUUCAUUGACCCAAUGCCCUUCCCCUACUCCAUCCCAAUGCUAUACCUCAAUGCCACGAGUUUCUUGUUCAAUGGCCAAGCAAUUGUGACCUUCUCCCAAGACCAUCCCAUUCGUGAACGUUAUGAAAUCUUUGAAUUCAAUUUAAGAUCGAUCGAAACAAGAACCACAUUGGCACUACCAAACAAAGUUUCCACUCCAUCAUUGUCAUUCCCGACCAAGUUCAGAGAGGACUAUACCAUCAACAGUCCAACCAGUGCAACAAUCUCCUCAACAUUAUCUGUGAGUGGACCAGGAUCAACAGUUACAGUUGUGUUCUUUGACACUAUGGAUAGUAGCUCCGUCAUCAGUAUCGACAAUGGCGCUGCUGUCACUGUCAACCAGGGCUCGGAGAAUAUACUUGGAUCAAUAAUAAUCGGACCAGGUCUCCAAUCCAGUGCGCCCCACUCCAUUCUCACUGCUAACCGUGCAGCUGUUGUGACUCAAUCUGGAAGUAACACUGUCACCCUAUCGCCAUCGACAAUCAUGCCACAGGUCACCUUCAACUUGGUAUCUGUAACCAAUAUCAAUUUGAAUCACACUGGUAAUCUCAACAACUUGGUGAUUAGCAAUCAGAAUCCAUCCUACUACAUUGAUGUCUACCUCAGUGCCCAACCCAAAUCUGAUCAACAAAUGGGAUCUUUAGUGAUGACGAUGACAGAUAGCGUCAGACUACACCUCCGUGGAAAGAUCUCUGUUGGUGGUAUCAAACAGCUUGGAUGUGAUACCAUGUCAUCGAUUACCUCCUCAGUGGUAGUUGAUAGUGGUUCAUCAAUCACAAUGAAUCAAUUGUCAUCAUGUGGCAAUGUGACGGUUACAGGUGCCAGCACACUGAACUUGGAGAGCCCAACAGUACCAACUGCCAUAUCCUCUCAAGAGAUACUAGUUCAGGAUUCAUCCACAUUCAAUCUCAACGGCUUGUUCACUUUGCAAAGCAAUGUCAACAUCACAACUGGAUCCAAGAUGAUGGUGGCAGGCAAGACAUUCAUGUAUGACGACAGUUGGAACUACAUGACACUCUCUGUGGACGCAAGCAGCAAGAUCGAGUUCAGGGACCCAAAGCCCGCCCCCUACUCCAUGCCUCUGCUCACCUUCAAUGCCUCGCGCUUCUUGUUCUACGGUGAGGCUGAUGUUACAUUCUCAGAUGCACAUCCCACAAAUCAGCUCUAUGAAAUCUUUGCCUACUAUCUACCUGCCGCCGUUAGCCCAUUCAUUCUGAACCUCCCCAGCAAGGUGUCCUCCUCAUCGAUGUCAUUCCCAACCAAGAUGAGAGAGGACUACGUCAUCAACAGUCUCACAAGUUCAACAUUGUUUGUUGAGGUCUAUGGACUAUCAUUGGGAGCCGUCAUUGGUAUAAUCGUUGGAUGUUCAAUGUUUGUUGUGAUCGUCAUUGCAGGUGUUGGCUUCUACGUCUACAGAUCAAGGAAGAACAAACAAGGCUAUGCCCUUAUCAACAUUGAGGAUGACCAAUAA